GGGGCGCCCCUCGUAUUGGCUGCGAGGGCCCAUCAAUCAGCGUCGGGCGCUGCUGACAUCAUGCUGCAGUACAGGGGCUGGGCCGGACCGGAGAAAGGAGGCGUCCGGGAGCUCCAGUUGGCGCCCCGUCCCGGGCAGUGCCUCGACAGCCGACCCCUGGGUCUGGGUGGGAGCAGAUCGUAGCGACAGCCGCCAAGGCACUCUCCUUCGGCGAACGAGCCCAAGCCACCAAGCCUAUCCCGGACAGCGAGCGGUAUUUUCAAGGCUUUUCUAAAAUGGGCUGGGGGAUGCCCCUCGCCUCCGCCCCUCGCCUCCUCCUCCUCCUCCUCCUCCUUGUCUCCUGCGCCCUCGGCAACAAAGCCAACAAGCACAAGCCUUGGAUUGAAGCUGAGUAUCAAGGCAUUGUCAUGGAGAAUGACAACACUGUCCUACUGAACCCUCCACUCUUCGCUCUGGACAAGGACGCACCCUUGCACUAUGCAGGGGGGGUCUGUGGAUUCCGGAUCCAUGGGGCAGGAGUGCCUUUUGAAGCAGUGAUCCUUGACAAAGCCACAGGCGAGGGGUUGAUCCGGGCAAAAGAGCCGGUGGAUUGUGAAGCUCAUAAAGAACAUACUUUCACCAUCCAGGCCUAUGACUGCGGGGAAGGACCUGAUGGUGCCAACACCAAGAAGUCCCACAAUUAUAUGGAAGUAGGUUGGAAUAAAAGAAUUGAGUACAUCCCUGGAACAGGCAGCCUUGCCCUUUUCCCCAACAUCCAUCUGGAGACAUGUGAUGAGCCUCUGUGGAACAUCCAAGCUACUGUAGAGUUACAGACAAAUCAUGUGGCCAAAGGUUGUGAUCGGGACAAUUACUCUGAGAAGUCACUGCGUAAACUCUGUGGUGCUGCCCGAGGUGAGGUAGACCUUCUGCCAGUGCCCGGACCCAUGGCCAACUGGACAGCACGACUUUCGGUCCAUUACAGCCAGGACAGCAGCCUCAUCUAUUGGUUCAAUGGCAGCCAGGCAACCCAGGUGCCCAUGGGCAGUGGAACUGGAGCUCUUGAAGGACUGAGUGACCAUUUUACCUUGUCCCUGUGGGUGAAACACGGGGUGAUGCCAAACAAGGGCAAGAAGGAGGAGGAGACUGUCAUCUGCAGCACCAUGAGGAGCGAAGAUGGGUACUCUCAUUACUCCUUAACUGUGCACGGCUGCCGCAUUGCUUUCCUGUAUUGGCCACUGCUGGAGAAUGCAAGGCCCGUCAAGUUCCUCUGGAAACUGGAGCAGGUCUGUGAUGACGAGUGGCACCAUUAUGCUCUGAACCUGGAGUUCCCCACUGUUACACUUUAUGUAGAUGGUGUUUCCUAUGACCCCGCUCUGAUACAUGACAAUGGUCUCAUCCACCCACCUCGACGUGAAUCUUCCCUCAUGAUUGGAGCAUGUUGGGCUGAGGAGAGAAACAAGGAAAAAAUAAAAGGGAAUGAGAACUCCACUGAUUUGGGACAAGGAGACUCUCUGCCGAUUCAUCACUUCUUCCAUGGUUAUCUGGCUGGCUUCACUAUUCGCCCUGGCAGCCUUGAGAGCCGGGAGGUGAUAGAGUGUCUCUAUGCCUGUCGUGAAGGGCUGGACUACAGCGACUUUGACAGCCUUGGCAAAGGGAUGAAGGUGCAUGUCAACCCUUCUCAGUCCCUUCUUGUUUUGGAGGGGGAUGAUGUAGAAACUUUCAACCGGGCAAUUCAGCAUGUGGCCUAUAUGAAUUCUCUGCGCUUUGCUACUCCUGGAGUCCGGCCUCUCAAACUGACCACCGCUGUCAAGUGCUUUAGUGAAGAGUCGUGUGUCUCUAUACCAGACGUGGAAGGCUACGUGGUUGUGCUUCAACCAGAUGCUCCACAGAUCUCACUGCGUGGCAGUUCCCACUUUGCCCGGCCUUCAUCUGACUUUGAAGACGCGGAGGGAGUCCUCCUUUUCCCUGACCUCCAGAUUUCUUGCUCCAUUUCGCACCAGGUGGAGGCCAAGAAAGAUGAGAGCUGGCAUGGCACAGUGGCAGAUACACGAAUGUCAGAUGAGAUUGUUCACAACCUCGAUGGUUGUGAGAUCUCCCUGAUUGGAGAAGAACUGGAUCCUGAACGCGAAUAUCUGCUCUUGGACGGAGCGUCCCUCCAGCAACGAGGUCUGGAGCUCAUGAAUACUUCAGCCUACCUCACUGUCACAGGGGUGGAGAGCAUCGCUGUGUAUGAGGAAAUCCUUCACCAGAUCUCCUAUUGUAUCCGCCAUGGUGCAGCCCUUUAUGAAAGAAAGUUUCGUCUUUCUUGCACUGAGAUGAAUGGGCGUUACUCCAGCAAUGAGUUUACUGUUGAGGUGAAUGUCCUCCACAAUAUGAAUCGAGGCGCUCAUCCCAACCACAUUAUGAGUGGCCAGCAGUUCACACAUCGAGGCCACCAUCUUCCUCCAGAGCUUUCUGGGCACAGUCUGGCUAAUGUCCACCGUAAUUCCAUGGUUCCCAGUGCUGCCACUAUAAUCAUUGUGGUGUGCGUGGGCUUCCUGGCACUGAUGGUAAUCCUAGGGGUGCUCCGCAUCCAUUCCUUGCACAGGCGAGGGAGUGAACGGGAGGGCACUGGGGAGCCUGCAGGAAGCCAAGGGAGUGCCAGGGUCAAGGAGAACGAGAUGUUCUGGGAUGACUCUGCUCUCACCAUUAUCGUCAAUCCCAUGGAGUCAUACCAGAAUUGCCAGGAGAGAGUAGCAGAGGCCAAUGAAUCCAAAGCCAGGGAAGCCGCUGAAGAGGAAGACAGCAGCGAUUCUGAAUCACCAGACAGUCUAGCCAGCAAUGCCAUCGAUGAGCGGCGCAUUGUGGGAAAGCACGAUGCCUCUUGUCGCUACUAGAGGGAUGUAAUGGAAGGGGUAAAAGUGGACCACCACCAAAAGGUCGUGCUUACAUUUAAUAAUUGGGGAUAUGGCCUGUUUCUACACAUUUUCUCUGUUUACAUUUUACCCCCUCCCCUUCCUCCUGUUUUCUCCAUUGUUUGCACAGUGGGCUGGCAAGGAGUUUUCGUGCAUGAGGCAAAAGACGUAAUUGGCAUCUUCUCCCUCUAAAUUACCAUUGGGAUCAAUUUUCAAGGAAGUUCCGUAGCCAAAGCUCAUUGAAACAAUUGGGAGCUCUGCGAGAGCAUUAUUGUAUAUUUUACCCUAUGUUAUUGGCCACUAAUUUUGCUCUGGUUCUGCUCUGCCUCUUGAGGUUAGUGCUUCCUCGGGCCCAAAGCAUAUCCAUUUUAAUCCUCGUUAAAAAGAAUCAACCGGCAGGGCUCAGAAGAAAAUCCCUUCUCUCUUCCAAGAUUCCUAGUUCUUCUCGACUUGCAAGCUUUUUGCUUGGACUGGUGGGGCAGGGCCCCCUGACUCAAUUCCCAGUUUCGGAUUGCCACCACACUUGAGCAGGAUAAAGUUAAUUGGCAUGCUAUGUUAAGCAAAGCAGAGAGAAAUGAGAAAUAAGCAGGGAAGGACAACACAAGGGGUACAUCAGAAUUCCCAAAAUACUAUAUAUAUAUAAUAUUGUAUAUUUUUUCAAUGUUGUUGUUUGAGAUUCUUGUUUGAUGCAAAGAAAAAAAAACCUGCAGCUUGUGUCGCUUUGUAAAAUUGUCAAUAAUAUUCAAGCAAGUAAAGGAAAUAUUAUAUGGAAAAGGGAA